AAUAUAAGAUAUUUUUUUAGAAGAAUAACGAGUGCUUAUGCUUAUGCUUAUGGGGUGAAAAAUAUUUAGAUUAAAAUUUUGGAGUUACUAUGUUAUUCGGAAUCGGAACUAACUAGAUAGUUAGUUAGUUACCAUCUGUAACCGAUUCGGCCACCGCGUCAUAACAUAAACCCUAAUCAAACAAAAACCCUAAUUCAAUCCCCAAUUUCACAACCGUCUUCAAUUUUCACACUUCUAUCUCCUUCAACUUCAAUGGAGGUUGACCAGGAGAAUCUUCAGAUUCCCGAAACCAUUCUCUACACCACCCUCAGUCCACUUCCUCUCACCGCCGAUGAUCCCCCAGAUUCCAACAACCACGAACAAUACUCCGUUUUCCGCAACGAAAUUUCUCUCGAUACUCCCCAAGUCGAUUCGGUUUAUUCAACUGCCCCUGAUUUCUUCUCCCUCGAUGUCGCCGAUGAAGCCGAAGCCGAAGACCCCCUCCCCGAGCCGAAAACGCCGGCUGAGCCAAAAACGCCGGCUAUUGAACACGAGCCGACGCUAGAAGGUGGUUGGUUUCGUGGGAAUGGCAAAUUCAGAAGUCCCAUGCUUCAGCUUCAUAAAGAGAUAGUGGAUUUUUGUGAGUUUUUGUCACCUACUCCAGAAGAGAAAGCUAAACGUGAUGCAGCAAUAGAAUCUGUUUUUGAAGUUAUAAAACAUAUAUGGCCUCAUUGUCAGGUUGAAAUUUUUGGGUCUUUCAGGACAGGGCUGUACCUUCCAACUAGUGAUAUUGAUGUUGUGAUUCUGAAAUCAGGCUUACCGAAUCCGCAGAUUGGUUUGAAUGCAAUUUCUAGAUCAUUGUCACAGAGAAGUAUGGCAAAAAAGAUACAGGUCAUUGGAAAGGCUCGCGUGCCAAUUAUUAAAUUCGUUGAAAAGAAGAGUGGUCUUUCCUUUGAUAUAAGUUUUGACAUAGACAAUGGACCUAAAGCUGCCGAGUAUAUUCAGGAAGCAGUGGCUAAGUGGCCUCAACUACGGCCGCUGUGUUUGAUUUUGAAAGUAUUUUUACAACAAAGAGAACUUAACGAGGUAUAUUCUGGUGGGAUUGGUUCGUAUGCCCUCCUUACCAUGCUGAUGGCGAUGUUACGGAAUGUUCGUCAGAGCCAACCUACUGCAGAGCACAACUUAGGGGUCCUUUUGGUACAUUUUUUUGAUUUUUAUGGACGUAAAUUAAAUACCUCAGAUGUUGGUGUAUCGUGUAUUGGAGAAGGCACCUUUUUCCGAAAGAGUAGUAGAGGGUUUUACAAUAAAACACGGCCAUUUCUUCUCGGCAUUCAGGAUCCUCAGACUCCAGAUAAUGACAUUGGCAAGAACUCCUUCAAUUACUUCCAGGUUAGGUCAGCAUUUUUAAUGGCUUUCACAACUUUGACAAAUCCCAAGGUCAUCCUGAGCUUAGGACCUAACAGGAGUAUUCUUGGCACUAUAAUAAGACCAGACCCUGUCUUGAUGGAGCGUAAAGGCGGGUCAAACGGAGAGAUGACUUUUAAUAGUUUGCUUCCUGGUGCUGGUGAGCCAAUACAACAGCAGUACGGAGAGCACGAUAUGUUAUGCAAUUGGCAGUUAGAUUUUGAAGAAGAACCGCUACCACGCGGAGAUGGAGAAAACACCGGCGCAGAGCCCAGCAGGCGCUCUUCCAAGAAAAAGAGAAAAUCUGCAUCUAAGGAGAAUAAGGAAAACAGGGACUCUCGCAAAAAUAAGGAAAAUAGUUCUAUGACAGAAAACGGUGUACAUAAGAAACAUAAGAAAAAACGGGCUAAACAUAUUAGGUCGGAGGCUAGUUGCUAAGGUAUUGUACUUUGAUCUGUGGUUUUUUAGAAGUGCUGGAACAAGGCAACACAAUCACAAAGGAAAAUCCCGAGGCCAACAUGACCCUAUGUGAGGUUUAUUUAUGCCGCCUGUCCACAGUGGAAUGCUUCACUCUGUAACAUUGCAGAAACGGGAUCAUUUCCAUGAUUUAUUAAAAUUUCUGUAUACAGAAACCAAUUUUGCUAGUUUCGUAUACCAUCAGUUGUAUCGGAAUACGGCAAGAUGUAAGAAGUCACAAGUUUUGAGUUAUUUAUUAUUCAUUUGCUGCUGAACAAUACUGACGUUGUUAACCUCUAAACAUUUUUAUUCUUGCUAGGUAAUAAUUAUUUUUGUAUUUUAUUUUACGAA